UGGGCACCGAUUAUCAAGACUAUAUCCAGGAUCAUCGUUGAAUGCCUCGUACUCCAUGUUCUAUAACCCUAUAGACUGUGACAACAACACUCGGACACCCUACAUUGAUUUACAAACUGGAAACAGAAUGGACUAUCAAUAUGGCGAAGUUUGGAACACCACCCUGAUACGAGCUGUCUGUAUUUGGUUUGUACCCAAUCAAUGGCCAAGCUGGACUUCCUUUGAAUUGGAUUUACACAUAUGCGCGCCCACUACAGGACACCACUUCUUUCCAGCAGAUUAUCUCGCAGUCCUUGGGAAGUAUCCACUUUCAUCAACAACUAACACGCGUAUUUCCAAUACCUAUACAGAUCCUAAUUCAUAUACAGCAACGGAAAGUUCAGUCACUGAGUUUAGCGCAUUCGAAAUUUCAACUACAAAGUCAACCACAGCUUUUGUUUCAUCUGGAGAUUCAGCUGUUCCUGGUGACGUAACUAGAGUUAUUGUUGGAUCUUCUUAUAGUAGCGUGUUAACAACAGAGUCCAGAAAUGGAGACACAACCACUCUAACUGCUACAGUUCACCCAACUGUCGAACCCCAAACCAGUGACACCACUACCGGAGAUACAGCUGGUGGUGUGGUUGGUAAUCCCACAGAACAGACACGCAGUACCCAAAACGCUAUGACGUCAUCCGAUGUUCUGUGCACAUGCGUGUGUCAGGGUCAUGGAGAAAAUGUAACCGACGAAGAACUAAAGUUAAAGAUAGAAAAGAUACAGAGUAUCCUAAAAGUAGAUAAAAAGACACUGUCCUCUAACUACCGGAAACUGAAUAGUGCGCACGACCCGCGUCCUUCGUCUAAAAGCAUCGGGGCGAGCGGUGUGAUAAUACUGCUUGUCUUCCUGGGAGCGAUUGUUUUGAUAGAUCUCAGCAACCUCCGAGGGCUAACGAAUCAUUGAUGGGUGGUCAGAAGAAUGCACAUUAGGAAAAUCUUUAUGUCUAAAUAUCUCUUCUGAAUUUGUGAUACGGAUAAUUCAUAUGUGCUAAUUCUUAUGACUUUACGAUAUUUAUACUUUAUUGCCCACCUUCAUCCAGUAUGUGUGUUAAUAUUAUACAUAUUCAAUUGUUAUUUAUGUCCCCCAGUGGACCCUUGAUUAGUGAACGAAGAGUUUAUUUUCUUGCUUGCUAUGUGAUUGUUUCUAAGUGAAACAUACCUGCAUGUUUAUAAAAAAAAAAAUACAUUACAAUAUUAGCAUCGAAACUUGCAUUUAGAAACAAAUUUGUUUGACCUGUCAUUUACAUAAUCUAGGGUAAAUACAGAUUUUAACUCAUCACCUCGGAGUGGAAACCAUAUGCAUCGUUGCUUGACUAAGGAAGUAAUUUUUCCCCGAUGAUGAUAGUGACCCCCGUUGUGAUGAGGAUAGUGACCCCGUGCUGUUUUGUUGUCACUACUGUGCCAUUGUUUUGUUAGACUAAUUUCAGGACACUGUAUGUAUAGCUUUUCAUAAAUACACUGGGCACAUUUCAAUUGAUUGUAGAAUUAAAAUAGCAUAUGUUAGAAAUAAAACAUUCCCUCAAACGGUAUUCAAAAUUAGCGUGACAGCUUAACUUUAAAUACUUAUCAUUAAAGAGUAAAUGUCAUUACUAUAUUUUAAAGUA